AUGAACCCAACUACGAGAACCGACUUGCGUUUAAUGCCAUUAUCAGAUUAUGAAUUACACAAAGAGUUGGGAAGAGGAGCCUUUUCAAUUGUUUAUUUGGUUACAGAAAAGAAGACAAAGAAACAAUGGGCUAUGAAAGUAAUUGAUAGAAAGUCUUCAUCAAAGGCUGCACUUCAAACUGAAAUUGAAAUCAUGAAGAAAAUUGAUCAUCCAAAUAUUGUUAAAAUGUAUGAAUACUUUGAAUCGACGGAUAAGAUUUAUUUGGUGGUAGAGUUGGUGACUGGUGGUCCAUUGUUUGACAAGAUCAUGGAAAAGAAAUCAUUCACAGAAAAGGAAGCAAGAACCAUUGUCAAACAAUUACUCGAAUCUUUGCAAUACCUACAUAGCAUGGGUAUCGUACAUCGUGAUCUCAAACCAGAGAAUCUCCUUUUGAAAAAUGAAAGUGAUCUAACUAUUGCACUAUCUGAUUUUGGUCUCUCUAAAAUCCUUGCCGAUGAUGUAUUUAUGAAAACUACUUGUGGUACUCCAUCUUAUGUUGCUCCAGAAGUAUUAAAUAAUAUUAGUAAUGCACCAACUGCCUAUUCGGAAGCAGUUGAUAUGUGGGCAGUUGGAGUGAUUGCUUAUAUCUUGUUGUGUGGAUUCCCACCAUUUUACAGUGACGAUAUUAGAAAGUUGUUUGAGAGUAUUUUGAAUGCUAGUUAUGAUUUCCCAGACGACUAUUGGAAGAAUAUAUCAAAAGAAGCCAAACAUUUUAUUAAUUGUUUCUUGACGGUCGACCCCUCCAAACGUUACUCUGCCAAGAUGUCACUCGCCCAUCCAUGGAUCACUCAAGCCCCACAAUCACAUCCACUGCCACACUGGAACGACCAAAUCAAAAAAUAUGUGGUCAUUCGUCGUAAUGAAUCUAAAAAGUUUGGUGCCGAGUUGGUCUUUACUCGACCCAUUGUAACUCCUCAAACUGGUGCUGCUGGUACAACCACCACUACUACUUCUCCUUCAUCUAAAAAAUAA